AUGUGUUAUUCUAUGGUUAUAGCACGUUUUCUAAUGGCAAAUGUAAUUGAUCAAUUACUUGAACAUCAAAAUCAAAAUGCUAGUACACGUUUAAUAAUUGAUUAUCUUGGUUUAAUAAAAAAUCUUAUUCAAUUACUUGGUUAUUCAGAUUUAUUUGAUUUUUAUCAAUUAUUAAUUUCAAUUCAAAUUGGAUCUAUAGAAGAAAUUCGUGUUAGUGAAGCCUUAAAAACAGAAAUUAAAUUAUUAGAAGAUUCUAUUCAACAUACUACAAGUUCCUGUAUUCUUGCUGAAGUUAGUCUAGCUCAAUUUAUAGAUGAUAUUGAUUUUCGAAUAUUAACUUAUCUUGAACAACAACAAAAACAAUUAAAACAACAGUACCCUGAUAUACGUGUUCGUCAAGCAACUGCUUCGACUUUUGCUAAGUUGGAUGUUUAG